AUGGUCUUUGCGCGCCGUUCAAUCUUCCGAGCUGCGACUGCAGCUCAAACUUUCCGUGCCGCUCCUGUGGCCCGCCAGUCUGCCCAGCUUCUUGGUCGCCGAUUUAAGUCUACCGGCGGCAGCUAUGAGCCAGGACAUACAUCCAGUGACUUGCCUUGGUUGGCGCUCUCUGCUGGUGUGACCGUUCCAAUGGUAUUUUAUCUCUGGCCCUCCGGUUCGGAGGGACAUCACGACGCUCACAAGGACGAACACCAAGACGAGCACGCAAAGGACGGCGAGGUAGAGGAGGCUUCCAAGGAGAAACCCGAGGGUUCCUCUGAGACGGAACCUAAAAAUGAGGAGAAGACAGACACGGAGAAUAAGGGUGAAGAUAAGGCGGACAAGAAGGAAACACCCGAGAAGAAGGAAACUGAAGAGAAGGAAGAGCCCAAGGAAAAGAAAGAAGAGCAUAAGGAGGAGGGAGAUAACAAGGAAAAGAAGGGAGAUACCAAAAAGGAAGAUAAAGAGGAGAAGCCCAAGGAUGAGACGAAAGAGUCCAAGAAGGAGGAUAAAGAGGAAAAGCCCAAGGAUGAUGACUCUAAGAAGGAAAACCAGGACGACAAGAAAGAUGAUACCAAGAAGGAAGCGCCUAAGAAGGAUGAGUCCAAGAACAAUGAGAGAGAGUCAAAGAAGUGA